UUUUUUUUCUCGCCCUAAUCAAAUUAUUUUUUCUUGCAAUCAAUCUUCCAUUCACAUCAUUACCGAUUGUGUUUACUACACGUGCAUAAAGAAUUCGUUUUGAAGAGAAUAGACAUAGGAAAAAAAAAUCCACUUGUUAUCAUCAUCAUUUGGAUUCUCUUUUUUUUUCUAACAUACACAUGUUUCAUACAAUUCUGUAUGACAUGUGUUUAUGCAUAAAUCUUCAAUAUAAUAUAAUUCGAAUUUUUAUUUUCACUCAACAAUUUACUUGCCUGUUUGUUUGUUCAAAAAAUUGCUAUAUGUACCAUUUACAAAUACAGCAAGAAGAAUUCUAUAAAUAAAAAUGAAGAAAUUUCAGUUUCUAGUGAUGCAUCAGUGAAUUGUAUUGUAAACUGUGUGUAAAACAAACAAACAAACAAGAAACUAGAACAUAACAUUUCACAAUUUUCUGAUUUGAAAUUCUAUAAUAAUUUCCAUUGCAUACUGUAAUAAUAAUAAUAAUCGUCAUUGUUAUUAUUGUUGUUGUUGAUUUCAUUCUUAUUUCCAGGAAUCUAAAUCCGCCCAUCACCUUUUUUCUCUUUUUCUCGUUAAUAAUCAAACGUCAUAUUGAGGCCAGAAUAAAUAAAUAAUAACUGGUUGUCGUCAUCGUCAAAAAUCUUCGUCAUCAUCAUUGCUUGGCCUCAACAUAGUUCUUUUAUAUCUAGAAGAAUUUUUUUUUUUGUUAAUUCCGAUAUAUACAAAUAAUAAGAAUAAAGCCAAUAGGAGAGAAAAAAAUGAAAGAAUUCGUCAACAGCAAUAAAGAUACAACAACGACGACGACGAAUAUCACUACAGCAACGACGACAAACAAUAACCGAUUCUUCUUCUGCUACUGCUGCUAUCAAUAAUAAUAGCGAUUCUAAUAAUAAGAAAAGAAUACAAUUACCGCCACCACUACAGCCAUUAUCAUCAACGGUUAUAGCAAAAAAAUUAUCGCCAACAAAAAUAACGACAACGAAUAUGGUAUCUGAACAGCAUCAUCAUCAUCAUCAUCAUCAUCACAAGUAUAAUAUUCAGCAACAGCAAAUCAACGGUGUGGUAUCAUCAUCAUCAUCGCCAUCAACUAAUAAGGUUGAUCAACAAGAAGAUACCGUUGAGUUUAUGGAAGUUGAAGAUAAUUUACCAUCAUCAACAACAGCAACCAUUGAAGAAUACGAAAUGAGUGAUAUUAAUAAUACUACUAUACCAUCAUCAUCAUCAUCACCACCACCACCACCACAACAACAAAAAGAAUAUACAUUACAAGAUGUUCCAACAUUGAUGAAACGUUUGUUAAAACCAAAUGAAUAUUGGUAUAUUCUUGAUAAACAUUGGUAUGAUUCAUUUUUAAAUUAUCUUCAAAAUGGUUGUGAUCAAGCAAAUCAUCCGGGCAAAAUUGAUAAUAAAGAAUUAUUACGGCCGGCACAGAAUGUAACAAUAACAAAUAAUAAUAAAACAACAAAUAAAUCGGCCACACAAACAUAUCGUUUAAAGACCACGGCAAGAGAGAAUGAAGAUUUUGUUAUCAUACCAGAAAUGGUAUGGAAUCUAUUUUGUAAAGAAUUUGGCCUUAUCGAUGGUAUGGGCGGUUAUCCGAUUCGUUGUCCAAUUAUACAACGUACAGAAUCAUAUUUUCAAGUAGAAUUAAAUCCACUUGAAUUACGUUUAACAUUAUAUGGUUCAAAAGAAGAUUUGGUGAAACAAUAUAGCCGUAAUUGUAAAUUACGUGAUGUAAUUGAUGAUAUGAGAAAAUUGUUUAAUAUUGAUGAUUCAAAACCAAUCCAAUUAUGGAAUAAUGCAACAUUAUUGGUUUCAUAUAAGGAUGUCGAUAAUUGUAAUUCAUCAACACCGAUUUCCUCAUCAUCGACAAUGAUGAACAAUACAUUAACCGUGAAUAAUACAAAUGUGAAUGCAAGUAGUAGUAACAGUACAAUCGUGCCUUCUGUAGCGCCACCACCACCACCUCCUCCACCAUCUUCAUCAUCAUCAUCAUCAUCGGGCGGUUCAAAAGCCGCUAUAUCUGAUAUAAAUCAACGUCUGUUGGAUAUUACCGAAUUGGAAGCACCGAAUACCGUGCUAACGAUUGAAGUGGAAAAUCCUGAUCAUACUUGGCCUUCUAGUAAGACAAAAUUAGGUGCUAUAACACGUUCUAAAUAUGCAAGUGGUAUACCGAAUUGUCCACCUGGCGUUUGUGGCCUAAUGAAUCUUGGCAAUACAUGUUUCAUGAAUGCCGCAAUUCAAUGUCUAUCGAAUACGGCACCAUUGACCAAAUAUUUUCUUGCCGAUCAACAUGUGGUUGACAUUAAUCCAGAUAAUCCAUUGGGAAUGCGUGGUGAAAUUGCUCGACGUUAUGCUGAGCUCAUAAAAACCAUGUGGUCAGGAUUUCAUUCGAAUGUUGCACCACGUGAAUUUAAAAUUGCCGUCACACAAUUUGCACCACAAUUUUCUGGAUUCGCUCAUCAUGAUUGUCAAGAAUUGAUGGCCUUUUUGUUGGAUGGUUUACAUGAAGAUUUAAAUCGUGUAAAAGUAAAACCAUAUAUUGAAAUGAAAAACGAUAUUGAAAGGCGUCCAGAUGAAUUGGUAUCAAAAGAAGCAUGGUCCAAUUAUAAACGACGUAAUGAUUCAAUAAUUGUCGAUACAUUUCAUGCUCAAUUGAAAAGUACAUUGGUUUGUCCAGAAUGUGAAUUGGUUUCAGUUACAUUCGAUCCAUUCUGUUAUCUUACUUUGCCGUUGCCUUAUCGGAUUGAAAAACCUGUGGAUAUUUUAUUUAUACCAGCCAUUUCAAAACGUCCAUUAUAUAAAAAGAAUACAAUUUCGGCUAGUGCAACUUCAACAUCAUCACAAAAAUUUUUAAUGAAUACAACCUGCAAUACUGCAACACCUGUACGAUCAAUAUUGUUGGAAAAUGUAAUGAUACCAAAAACUGGUUGUGCAUCCGAUAUUCGUGUUGCUGUUGCUAAAUUUCUUGAUGAUUUCGGUAGUAGUCCACAUCGACAAUAUUUUAAUCGAAAAUUUGAUCCAAAAAAAAUGGUUGUCGCUAACAUUAUGGAAUGUCGAAUGAAUAAAAUCUAUUCGACAACAGAUUAUUAUAAUCCACAUCUGGAUGAUAUUGUUGUUUAUGAAUUGGAUGAUCCACAAACAGCACAGAAUUCCGAAACCCAAGGUUGUCAAACACGUAGUUCAACAAAAUUCGCCGGCUAUCCAUUGCCGGUAUUCAUACGUCAAAUUAAUGCCGAUCAUUCAGAAAGCAUUAUUAGUCGACCAUUUUUCAUUAAUCUUAAAUCAUUGACAUAUGAAAAUAUACGUGAAGCUAUUUUCAAAGAAUUAACAAGUCUUGUACAUCCAGAUAAAUUGAAUUGUUUUCUACAAGCAAUGGAAGAAAUGUUAAUUGAAGAAGAUAAGAAUAUGAUUACAUCAACAACAACAGCAACAACAAAUGCUCAAAAACAACGAACACGGCGAUCAAGUGCCGGAUCGGAUGGUGAAUCAUCCGAUAUUGAAGAAGAAGAAGAUAUGAUUGCCAAUAAUAAUAAUAGUAGUAGUAAUGAAAAUUCAAAUAAUGAUUCAAAUGAUGAAGGUGUAGAUGAAAUAUAUGGUGGUAAUAAUAGUAAUAGUGGUAAACAACGAACACGAACAUAUCCUGCUUAUUCAAUUGUUACGGUCAAUAACAAUGCCCAAUGUCAAUUAUCAACAAUACAACCCGGUACAAGAUUAGAUUCAUCAUUUGAUGAUUAUCUUGCUAUUAAUAUACAUUAUCGGAUUGUAUCGAAAUUUUUUCCAUCCAAUCUAAAUCGUUCAGGUCUUUUACGGCUUUCAGAAUUAUUACCAAAUUUGGCAUCGAAUGCACAUGCAAAUUCAUUAUUAACAUUGAAAGAAUGUAUUAAUCAAUUUACAUUGACAGAAAAAUUGGGUGAAAAUGAUCCAUGGUAUUGUCCUAGAUGUAAGAAACAUCAGAUGGCAAGUAAAAAAUUCGAUAUAUGGUCUUUACCAAACAAUCUGAUUAUUCAUUUGAAACGAUUCUCUUAUUCACGUUUACAUCGUGAUAAAUUAAAUGUUUUGGUGGAAUUUCCCAUUGAAAAUUUGGAUAUGUCACCAUAUGUAUUACAUAAUCCGAAUAAUGAAUCAUUUGUUUAUGAUUUGAUUGCCGUAUCAAAUCAUUAUGGUGAACUUGGUGCCGGCCAUUAUACAGCAUAUGGAAAGAAUUUUCAAUCAAACAAUUGGUUCUUGUUUGAUGAUUAUUCUGUCACACCGAUUGGUGAUAAAAAUAAAGUAAUGACCAAAGCAGCAUAUGUACUAUUCUAUCAACGUAAACAACAAAAUGGUGAUGGUGAAUCACAACAAUCUAUGGAUACUACUACUAAAAAUUAGUACACACCAUCACACACCAUAUAUACUCAUUUUGGAUUACAACAAAAUAAAUCAAUACAGCCUUUGUAAAUAUUCCUACUACUAUGCAACAACUGAAAGCAAAAAAAAAAAAACUCUAGGAACUUUCUAAUCCAAUUAUUAAAUUGAAUGAAUGAAUAACUCGAAAAAUUUUAUAAACAAAUUAAUUGAUCACUUAAUAA